UAUUCUAUGAUGACAGCCACCACAGUGUUCACUACAACUCCCAGCAUGCUCCGCGCGGCCGGAAGUAGUACCGCCUCCCAUCAGAGAAGAAGAGCAGCUGCAGCUGAAGAUGAUGAAGAGUAAAACAGACGAGGAAGACUACUGGAACAGCUCCAAGUUUAAAGCCUUCACCUUCGAUGAUGAAGACGACGAGUUCAGCAAGUUAAAAGAGUCGAAGCAGGCGGUGAACAGCAUCCGCCGCCUGGUGGAGGAAGACGACGAUGAAGACGAUGUGGAGAAGGUCAGCUGGAGUGGAGAGCCUGUCGGGAGUAUCGCCUGGUCAGUCAGUGAGACGGCUGCGUCCAAUCAGAGGACAGAAAGAGAGCCCGCCUUCCCCAAAAUCAACACUGACGCAGCAACGAUCAGCAAGAGUCACUCAGGAUACUCUCUGAGCUCUCUGUUCAAAGGAAAAACUAAAGGAGGAAACUUCCAGUCGUUCACUGACUCAUUCAGCGACUCGUCUGUCAGGCUCUACGCUCCAGAACUCCGAAAACCCAAAUCUGAAUACAAGGAUUAUGUCAGUGAUUGGUCACCCGAGGAAACGGUCCAGAGAAUGCAGCAAGGAAAGGUUGUGUCUCUGGAGAAGUUUCGUUCUCUUCAGGACAAACUGUUGCUCCUGGAUUACGCCGUCGCCGCACACGACGGAAACGUCAUCACUGCCGUUUUAAUUUAUUUAAAGAGGACUCUGAGUAAAGAGGUUUUGUUUCGGGAGUUGGAGUCCAGACAGACGGCUCUGAGACAUUUGAUCCACUAUCUGACUGAAACCAGAGACCAGAGGCUGCUGCUGGAGCUGCUCAGAGCUCUGGGCAGGACGGAGGACGUAGCGCUGCUGCAGUAUAAAGAACACCUGAACAUCGCCGAUGAAAACAAGAGGCGUGAUUUCCUGAAGAGCUGCAUCGGUCUUCCAUUUUCUCCAGAAGAUUCUGUUCAUGUUCAGGAUCACUACACUCUGCUGGAGAGACAAGUCAUCAUCGAGGCAACCGACCGACAGGCUGAGCGUGGAGGGAAGGUGGAUAUCUUCCAGAAGUUUCCCCGACGAGCUUCGAUCCUCAACAUGCCGCUGACCACAACACUCUACUACUGCUGCUUCUACCACUACACCGAGUCUGAGGGAACCUACAGCAGUCCGUUGAACAUCCGUCAGACCUUCAAGAUUUCGGAAAAGCAGUACUUUGUGACGGCGUUGGCGGCGCGGGCGAAGCUGAAGGCGUGGUUGGACGUGGACGCUUUGUUCACCAGCAGGAACUGGCUCGGCUUCACCAAGAAAAAAUCACCGCUCAGCUUCCAACGAGUCGUCGACAUCCUGCAGAAAAACUCCGCCCCCACACAGGUGCUGCAGGACUACGUGGCGCUGGUUGAUGAUGCGGAGCUCAGGAUCUCUUUGGCUCAGAAACAUAAAUGUCACGACAUCGUCAUCAAUACGUACCGGGACCUGAAGGACCGGCAGCAGUUGCUAGGAUACCGGGGGAAGGUGGAGAGAGGAUCGGCGGAGGAGAGGAAGAUCGACGAGCUGCUCAAAAACACGCAAAUCCGGUGGAAGAACUGAUGAUCCCGUUUCAACUAAAGACUUUUACUUUGAAACAAAAGAGGCUGUUUCCUGUGUGAAGAGAAGAGCCGUCGCCAUGACAACAGGAGAGUUCAGUCAGAUCACAUCAGCUUCAGUCUCAAUCGGUCGCCGAGAGGAACGCUUCGUUUGGCUCCGCCCACAGAACACGGGGUGGGUGGGGCUUGUAUUUCUGCUGAGUCAUCGCUUCAACAUUCCUCUUGAUUUUAUAAAUAUGAAUGUAAAAAAACAUUAAAAUAUUAUUUAAAUGGA